AUGUCAGAAAUAGGCUCUGUGAGGGAAGCAGGACAGGACACCUUGGAGCGUCUUGGUGGCGUGCUUAAAAUCUCUGCCAGCCUGAGUGAAGUUUCACAAGCUUCUCUGGGGUUGAAGCUCCGGUGUGUGGGUCACCAUGUGGACCCAGGUGUCCCUCGUGCUCCAGAGUCUGACAGCUGCUUCCUCCCCGUAGGUGCCAAUAUCUUCCUUACCUCUUCCGGACUGAUCAAGCUGGGGGAUUUUGGAUGCUCGGUGAAACUUAAAAACAAUGCACAGACCAUGCCUGGGGAGGUGAACAGCACCCUGGGGACGGCAGCGUACAUGGCUCCAGAGGUCAUCACCCGGGCGAAAGGAGAGGGCCACGGGCGUGCGGCUGACAUCUGGAGUCUGGGCUGUGUUGUCAUCGAGAUGGUGACUGGUAAGAGACCAUGGCAUGAAUAUGAGCACAACUUUCAGAUUAUGUAUAAAGUGGGGAUGGGACAUAAGCCCCCAAUCCCUGAACGAUUAAGCCCAGAAGGGAAGGAUUUCCUGUCGCACUGCCUGGAGAGUGAGCCGCGCAUGAGGUGGACAGCCAGCCAGCUCCUCGACCACGCCUUCGUCAAGGUCUGCACAGAUGAAGAAUGAAGCCAGGCAGCCUGGCCUGCUCACGCGUGCUCGGAAGACCGUCCCAAUCACUACUGUCUGUGACUUUACAUGACACUGCUGAGGAGCAGGGCGGCCUCCCCUCCCGAGGCCAGACGGCACGGGGACGCGCCUCUCCUGCUGCUGCUCCCGUCUGACGUGCAGGCGCCCUCCUGCUGGCGGUGUCCGCAGGCAAGAAGCUGCAUGUCGAGUGCCAUUACUACUGUACACGGAUGUCGCCGUCACCGCCGGGCCCGUGUGGCUGAGAGCCGUGGCGCCAGCGCCGCGGUGUUGACCUGCCGCGGUCCCAGCGCGUGGCCGCCUGCCGGCCGUCGGGGCCUCGCCGCCCUCCUGUGUCACGUGCGCUGACCGAACGUGCCCUGCGUGGCUGUCGGCGAGCCGCGGGCCUGUGGCGCAGAGGGCUGAUGAAUGAGGCUUAAGAUAAAGGCUCUUUUUUCAAUAAAUGGUUUAUUUUAGGAAAGCUCAGUUAUAUUGUCUUUUCAUGGUGACCAGCUUCAGGCCCGGUGGCCUCCGCUGCAGCCGCCCGCCCGCACCCCGCCCUCGCAGCUGGCAGCCAGCCGGAGGCCACCGGGCCGGCGUCCUGCGCACCAGGCCCCCUCGGCAGAGCGAGCGACGCGUGAGACGACACUAAGGCCACGAGCCCUUUUAAGUUAUUUUAUACCAAACAGCAAGUUUACAAGCAGAUGAAGGCUGGGCCCGGUCUGUUUUCAAGCCAUGGACGGGGCUCGGUCCGUGUAAAUACUGCUGGGUCAGCUCCUGACCAGAGAGCCUCUACCGCGUGGAAACAUUUCAGCAGUUAGUUUUCUAAAACAGCCCAAGUUAUAUGUCAUUGACGGUGUUCUUUUAUUUCCUUUUUGCUAUUAAAUUUUUUUU